UCUUCUCCUCACUGCACGCUCUUGCCCCUCCUCUUUUCUCCUCUGCCCGUAUUCUUCCCGCCACCUGACCUGGCCCGCCCGCCUUUCCACGUCUGGCCGGGCGGGGGCCUUAAGCACUGAGGCUCGGGCCGUGGGACUGUGGUCACACCCUUUCCAGAAAUUCUUGGCUGGUAACCGCGAAACCGACUGGAGCAGGAGCUGGGAGAACUGGAGAAAACGGCUCUCAUCUCACUUGACUCCAGCUAGGAGCUGAUGCUGCAUCGUAAUAACAUUUGCAGAGCGCUCUCACAGGCUGUGGAGUGAUUUGUCUGAGAUUCCUCCAGAACUGAGCCCUUUGUUGGAACCAUACCCCAGCCCAUGGUCCCAUGACUAGGUGGAUAGUACUGCUUGUACCUCCUGCAACCCAGAACCCUGGCUGACGACUUUGAAGGAGGAUGCUCCAGCAGGUCAAUGGCCACAAUCUGGGGUCUGAUGGCCAAGCCAGGGAGUACCUCAGAGAAGACCUGCAGGAGUUCCUGGGUGGGGAGGUCCUGCUGUACAAGCUGGAUGACCUCACUAGGGUGAAUCCUGUGACACUAGAGACAGUCCUGAGGUGCCUGCAGGCCCGGUACAUGGCAGACACAUUCUACACUAAUGCUGGCUGCACCCUGGUAGCCUUGAACCCCUUCAAGCCUGUUCCUCAGCUCUACUCGCCUGAGCUAAUGAGAGAGUACUAUGCUGCGCCUCAGCCCCAGAAACUGAAGCCCCAUGUGUUCACUGUGGGUGAACAGACCUACAGGAAUGUCAAGAGCCUGAUUGAACCAGUCAACCAGUCUAUUGUUGUCAGUGGAGAGAGUGGUGCUGGAAAGACAUGGACAUCUCGCUGCCUAAUGAAGUUCUAUGCUGUGGUGGCCGCCUCACCUGCAUCUUGGGAGAGCCACAAGAUUGCAGAGAGGAUAGAACAGAGGAUCCUGAACUCCAACCCUGUCAUGGAAGCUUUUGGGAAUGCGUGUACGCUGAGGAAUAACAACAGCAGUCGCUUUGGGAAGUUCAUCCAGCUCCAGCUGAACAGGGCUCAGCAAAUGACUGGAGCCGCAGUCCAGACCUACCUCCUAGAGAAAACUCGAGUGGCCUGCCAGGCUUCCAGUGAGAGGAACUUCCACAUAUUCUAUCAGAUUUGCAAAGGAGCCAGUGAGGACGAGAGGCUCCAGUGGCACCUCCCUGAGGGAGCUGCCUUCUCCUGGCUGCCCAACCCAGAGAGGAGCUUAGAAGAGGAUUGUUUUGAGGUGACCAGAGAGGCCAUGCUCCAUUUGGGCAUUGACACCCCUACCCAGAACAACAUCUUUAAGGUCCUAGCUGGACUGCUGCACCUUGGCAAUAUCCAGUUUGCUGCCUCCGAGGAUGAAGCCCAACCCUGCCAGCCGAUGGAUGAUGCCAAGUGUGCUGGGGCAGGGCAAGGGGAGAGAGAGUUGGGAGAGAUGUUCCUGUUUUCUCCAGGAAGGAGGUCCACCCUAGGGCCGGAGCCAGCUUCCUCUCUCUGUUCUUGGCAUCAUUGCUGCAUCUAGGGGUGAGCGCCCAGAUCACUCAAGACCAAUGUGUGAGUAUGUGAGUGUGUAUAUGAAUGUGAGUGUGUGAGCACUCGUGCACAGAUAUAGCACUAUAGCAGAGAUAAUGGAAGUUAACAAGUUCUGAUGCCAGACUGCUCAAAAUUCACAUUUGGGCUCUAAUUAUGUGUCCUUGGACUAGUGACUUAACUUCUCUGUGCCUCAGUUUCCUUACCUGAAAAAAUAGGGAUAAUACAUACUUACCUCCUACAGGUGUUAGAAGGGUUCAAACUGAUGAAUACAGCCCUAUAUAACAGGGCUGGUGACAGUGAGCCCUCUGCUAGCUGUAUGUGUGCCCACUUGCCAGUGAGAGUGUGUGUGGGGAUGCGUGUGUGCACUGUGGUCAUGCUUCGGUGGAAAGAACACUAGAUUUGGAGUCAGAAAACCUGGAUUUGAGCCACACCUCUGCCACUUCCAGCCUCGGUGACAUUGACAGGCCACCUUACUCCUCUGGGCCUUUUUAGAUCUGCCAUCUGCCAGUGGGCUUGGGGAUGAGACCCAGGCUUCUGAAGGUCCUCUCUGGGUGGGACUAAGACUCAGAUGGGACAUGCAGCCCCUCCUGCAAGCACUGGACACAGGUGAGGAGGCCCGCCUGUGCAUACCCACCUACUUACCUGGGAAAAAAACAUGCAUGUCAGGCUUGCAGCUUAUGAUGUGCCUCCAAGCAGGCAGGUGCAUGCACCUGUGUGUGUGAAUGUAGUCAGGGAGAGGAUCUGAAAGAGGCUUUCUCUACGUCCCACAGAGCCCUCCUCUAUGCUCCUCUCAAUCAAAUCUUUCCCUGGCCUGCAAGUGGACAUUAUUUACCCCAGGCCCCUGCAGGCCACUCUUGUAGACCACAGAGCUCAGUGGCCCUUCCAAGGGCCUGGCGGUCAGAGAAAGUGACAGAUAUAAGAUUUAACAUCUUGUCCUCUGUCUCUGCUCCCAUCGAAUGAUGCUCAGGGUAAAGAUCAGGACAUGAUCCAGCAGGAGCUUCUCUUACCCUGUCAUGGGAACCCAGGCUUGAGGGACCCCUGGGCCUCUCCUAAAAACAUGAUUUCCCUGGUUUCUGGCUUUUAAUUUCCUUUAGAGCCUGGAGAACACAUUUACUGUGAGUCUCAUCUUGGAUAUUUUUGCCUCCCCGGCAAUGUUUGGAGAAGCAGGUGGAGAGGAGAAAGAUGGAAAGGGUCUGUGAAUGAGUACAAGAGGGAGAAUCAUGCAUGAAAAGUGCCUACUCUGUUCUAGGCACUGUGCACAGUGCUUUAAAUGCCCUGACCCACUUCAUCCUUUAACGACCCAGAGAUACUAUUAUUAACACUUUUACAGGCAGGAACAUUGAGGUUAGGUAAUUUACCUAAGGCCACAUAGCUAGCAAGCUGACGCUUAAGUCAGCUGUGUCUGAGGUUUAAUUCUGUCUUCUGCAGGUAAUUGUGUGGGCUGCUGACAGGGCCCUGGAGAGUGUCAGAAAGCUCACAGCCUCUGCAGGAGAGAGCAGCUUCCCCUCUCUGGGCCUCCAUCUCCCCCAGUGCAGUGAGUCAAAUGAGCACCAGCAACAUCUCCUGAGAUGGGAUUUGGAGGGCUCCCUGGAGAAAAGAAAUAGUGCAGGGGUUUUGAGGGACUGGUGUGCCAGCCAGGGCCAAGUCAAAGCUGUCACUCACCCUGACUCAUUAGCCCUAAGUUCGUCCUCGGGGCAUGAGGUACAAGCUGAGGGCAGAGCCAUAGCCAGGACCAUUACUCACCACGGCAACACCUCUGCUGCCUGCUGCCACACACUGGUGCUGGACUCAGCUUCCGUGGAAAGGGAUGGAAAUUGCACUCAUUUUCCAGGAACAAAGAGGACAGCUUGCCGACCUUGCCUGUCUCCUCCCACUCUUGCUCUGUUCCCUGCCUCUGCUUGGUUGCAUGGGAAUUUUGCUACCCUUCAGAGACCUGGAGGGGACCCAAGAACUCUUGUUAUUAACCCCUCCUUCCUCACCCACUCUGGAGGGGAGUUGGGCAUAUAGAUGGGGCAGGAAAAGAGAGUGCUGAGGAGCACAGGCUUUGGGGGAAAACAAAAGAGCUGGGGAAGGUCAAGAAGGAGCUGCAGAUAGACUGCUGUUGAGAGGAAUUAGAGUGGGGAGAAAUAAUUCACUCCUUUGACCAUCUGUUAAGUGCAUAUGAUGCACUUCUAUACACGUUAUCUCAUUAAAUCCUCACAAUAGCCUAUCCUCACCCCCAUUUUAAACACAGGAAACAGGUCCAGAGAGGUUAAGUGACUUUGCCAAGAACACAGAGCAUUUCAGGUGGCAGGGUCAAGAUUUGGACGCCAGUCCUGUCUGACUUCAGAGCCCUUUCUACUUUACCACGGUGCCACUUUCCUGACCAGGGUUGGGAGUUCUGAGUUUCAGAGAUGAACAUCAAUGCUAAAUUGCUUUGUGAAUCCCUCUGAGCCUAUAUUUACCCAUCUGUAAAAUGAGAAGAUGAAACGAGAUGAUUUCUAAAGUCCGUUUUAGUACUGGCUUUCCAUGCUUAAGACGUGAGUGUUCAACCCCAUUAAAAAGUGGGCAAAGGAUAUGAACAGACUUCUCAAAAGAAGACUUUCAUGCGGCCAACAAACAUAUGAAAAAAAAAGCUCAAUAUCACUGAUCAUCAGAGAAAUACAAAUCAAAACCACAAUGAGAUGCCAUCUCAUACCAGUCAGAAUAGCUAUUCUUAAAAAGUCAAGAAACAACAGAUACUGGUGAAGUUGCCAAGCAAAAGGAAUGUUUUUACACUGUUAGUGGGAGUGUAAAUUAGUUCAACCAUUGCAGAAGACAGUGUGGUGAUUUCUCAAAGAUCUAGAAGCAGAAAUCCCACUAGACCCAGCAAUCCCAUUACUGGAUAUAUACCCAAGGGAAUAUAAGUCACUGUAUUGUAAAGAUACAUGCACACACAUAUUCGUUGUGGCACUAUUCACAAUAGUAAAGACAUGGAAUCAACCCAAGUGCCCAUCAAUGGUAGACUGGAUAAAGAAAAUGUGGUACACACACACCAUGGAAUACUAUGCAGUCAUGAAAAGGAAUGAGAUUAUUAUGUCCUUUGCAGGGACAUGGAUAGAGCUGGAAGCCAUUAUCCUCAGCAAACUAACACUGGAACAGAAAACCAAACACCGCAUGUUCUCAUAAGUGGGAGCUGAACAAUGAGAACACAUGGAUACAUGGGGGAAUACAACACACAGUGGGGCCUGUCAGAGGGUCAAGGGGAGGAAGAUCAUCAGGAAGAAUAGCUAAUGGAUGCUGGGCUUAAUACCUAGGUGAUGGGAUGAUCUGUGCAGCAAACCACGGCACACAUUUACCUAUGUAACAAACCCGCACAUCCUGCACAUGUACUUCAGAACUUUAAAGUUGAAGAAAAAAAGAGAGUUGAGAGUUUGGAGACUUUCCCAAACCCAAAGUUGAGAAGCCUGAAUGGCUUGGAAAGACAUCAAGGCAUUCAGCCUGAUCUUUGUUAUCAGUGAACUAGGGAGGAGACUUUCUGCCUGUCAAGGCUGUGCCAUUGCCACCUUCAGGCACCUUGCAUACUUUGGCUAUUAGUUCUGGCUCUGCAGACAAGUGACUGCCUUCAGGAGGGGAGUAAAGGGACAGUCCAGCCUCAGGAUUCCAGCAAGCAAGGAAAUCUGAAUAAUUGUGUCUCUGGGACACAAUAACUUCUGUUUCCUUGCCCCCUCCCUUCAAGCCACAGACUCCAAUUAGCAGCUUAGCACCAAAGUUCUCAGACAUGUUCCUGCUUUUGGAGACACUGAAUAAUGGAGAUAUUUCUGAAGCUGAGAUGAGGAGGGUGGGAGGUAGGAUGUGAACUUGUAAAAAUGUAGUGAGAGAGAUUUCAGAUUCCUAGAUGCUGCACUUUCUUCACACUUUAAGGAAGGUGUCUGGUUGCUGAAAGGACUCCUGGCCUCAGUAUAAUUUUCUAAUAAUUGCACCAUUUUUCUGAGCUAUCAUCCCAAGCAUUGUGGAGUGAGAGGAAGAGACAGGGCUCUGCCUGCUGGAGGAGACCCCAUUCUCAUCUUACAGGAAGUGUGAACCUGAUGAGGGAAGUAUGGCUCCCAGUAAGAGGGAGCACCAACCUGGCAAGAUAUUGUGGCCAUCUCCCUUAUGGAAUGCUUGGGCUGGUAGGGCAGAUAUUAUCCUGGUUUCUGUUGGUGGGGUGUUGGUCCAAAGGAGUUAGGGGAGCUGAACAUAAAGUUCAGAUGCAGAAAGAUGACUAAAAAAGAGUAUUCAACUCUUUUUUAGUUGAUCCUAGAGGGAAGAGGGUGGUCCCUAAACUCAGGUGGCCUUUGUCUUGGAGAGAGGUGAGUCAAGCCCCUCACUCUCCAGGAGCACAGUAAUAAAUAAGAUCAUAGUUGGGAAAAGUGUGGUGUGUAUGUGUGUGUGUGUGUGUGUGUGCCUGUAUGUGUCUGUGUCUGUGUGUGAUUCCAUGCCUAGGAAAGGAGCUCUUAUUCUAAAUUUGUUCAACAGAGAAUGUAACAAGGAAACCUUGAGAAAAAGAUUCUCUUGUUCUGUUCUUUGUGAUUUGGGACAGAAAUGCUCAAAUUGGGAACAAACAUAUAAAUAUUAUGUCUCACUCUACAGAGUUGAAGUUGUUUUUGCACUUUCUUGAAUUAUGAGAAAAUGAGUGAACCCACCUGGUCACUGCAUGACUCCAGAAUAAUUCUUUCCCCUUCUCUGAACCCCAGUUUUCUAUCUUCAGAAUAAAUGAUUGGAUUUAGAAAA